CCCCUAUAUCUCUACAGGCCCCCCAAAAUUACGAUAUUAACCUUUUUUAAGGAUGCGGUAUAUAAAUACCGAACAGUCCGAUAGGUACAUACCGGAGGAACAUAUUUCCCAUUUACAAACCAAACACUUCUUUUAUUUUAAGGUAAGUGAGCAUCUUGCCGUCUCUUUCUCUUACGGUCGUUCUUUGACAUUUUUUCUUCAUGUGUUGCAGUGUCAAUCUCAAAGAUAAGUAAGCAUCAAUGACGCUUCUUCGACAUUUGAAGGUAAGUUAAGCAUCACUCACGCUUCUCACAACAAACUCACUCACGUUCUUCUUUCUCUUAUUUCCUCCAGGCCGAGAAUCGCUGGAUACCCAGACCAGUGGUUCACUCACGCUCACUUCCUCCACCACGCACCAGCUUGUUGGAAUCACUUCCUCCACCAGCUCACUCUUCCUCUCGCUUCUUUUUAUCAAAUAAGGUAAGAUAUGGAUAAUGAAGAUGUUGGUAGGACACGAUGUGGUAAGGAGGCAUUGCAUGCUCCUGUUCGCAAAGAGCGAGUUCUAAACGCUCCGCCAAGGAGACGUGGUCGUGGGCGUGAUCAGAGAGAGGAACCAGAUGGCUCUAGUUCCCAGUCUCAGAUUGAUAUCGAGAUGCCAUCAUCACAGUCAGCCUCUGGUUCACAACCUCCUUCCGUGGGAGUUGUUCAGGAGGGAUACGAUGGAGGACCUUCGAACACGUCUUUGUUGCCGAGUUUUGGCCAACAUAUUGCAGCAAAGAUUUGGAAUGGAGGGGGUCGUGAAAACACACCUCGGGUGCUUAACAAUGCCAAGCGAAUAAUAGACUUGAAAUCAGCAUUACCUCCAGAUGUUGCUGCUAUGGGGUGGUUCUGGAAUGUCAUAAGGGCAUCUGGUCUUUACCUGCUCUUGGAGACAAAUUAUGGUCAAGUGGACCACGGUCUCUUGAUUGCUUUCUCAGAGAGGUGGCACUCAGAGACAAGUAGUUUUCAUCUUCCUGUAGGUGAAAUGACAAUCACCUUGGAUGACGUUUCGUGCUUGCUGCAUAUACCUGUUGGAGGUAAUCUGUUGUUUCAUGAGAGCUUGUCUAUUCAUCAAGGGACACAGUAUUUGGUUAACUACUUAGGAUUGGAAUUUGAGGAAAGUGCCGCGCAGACCAAACGUUUGAGAUCGGCACAUAUCACUUAUGAUACGCUUCUGAGUAUUUACACGAGCUAUCUGACCGAAGCGAAAUCGUAUGCGAAUCAGCCUGAGGAGGAAGAUUCAAUGGAAUGGUACCGGACUCGGUGCAUCAGAGCUUUCCUGCUCUAUCUAGUUGGUUGCACAUUGUUCAGUGAUAAGGCCGGCAAUAGCUGUUGUGUUGUCUAUUUGAAAUACUUUGACGACCUGACUACGGUUAAUCAAUGAUCAUGGUGUGGUUCUAGAAGGUCUCUCACCCUAAAUUGAUACCUGAUGUUCCUAAUAAUCCGCCGAGGCCUGCUAAUAUUGAGGUUCUAUUACAUGAGGAACAUGGUGUUGAUCCAUUGACUGCCAUGUGCAGAAUCAAAGAUCUGGCAAUUGCUUCCAUUGAACAGAAUUCGAAGCUUGCAGGUACUCCUUUAUACAUUGCUAUGGAGCAGAUUAUAGCUCAUUCCACGCCUGCCACUCAGUACCAGUCGUUGAGGCGUAAGCGGAGAAAUGUCAGGCAAUAUAGUUAACAAGGCACCUAGUGAUGUCUGUAUUUUGUUUUUAGUUUUAGAAAUUUAGACUUUGGAUAUGAACCUAUGUUGUCGGGCAUUGUACUUUGUUAUGAACCUACUUGGUAAUUGAAUCAAUUUAUGAACCUAUGUAGUUGGGAAUUAAAUGGUUAUUAUUUGGUUCAGAGUA